CAGAGCAUCAUCACUCUCUGGAAAGCCUUCUGAAUUAGACAAGAGCUGCCUCUCAGCACAGCUACAAAACACUUUAAUCUUGACCAGCUAAAUGGAUAAACCUAUCCUGCACAGCUUUUAAACUGGGCUCGUCUUAUACAGCGCAGGAGUCCUGUCUGCUUCAAGAACUGGAGAGCUGGAAGAUGGAUUGCUGUGUCUGGGAAUGGCAAAAGGCAGCAGAAUAAGGGAUGCUAGGUACCGGGGAAGAUUUUCUUAUUCCUCCCAGAGAAGUUGGCUUACCUUGAUGGUGUGCUGUUGCUUUUACAUGCAGAUUGCCAGUUAAUGCUGUCGGUUCUCUAAAGACUUAUACAAUGGCUCUGAGAGCUUAGGGUCCCCCCCGAUCUCCUCUGUACCCCCAUCCCUAGUCCUGUCUUCCCCACCCCCAUCCCCUUCCCUAUCCCUUCCUUCCCUCAUCCCCAAAAUUCUUGCUUGUCCUCUCUAGGGAACUUUGUGUGGGUUACUGGCAUGCACGCCGGAUGGUGGUGAUGUGACUGGCAGCUGUGCUGUGACAUGAAGGUUGCAAUGGUUUAAAGAAAUGAGACCAAUUUAAAAAAACAAAACAAAACACAAAAGCAAGAGUGAGACAGAGAGGAGAAAACAGCUGGAGGAAGCAAAAGGGGAUACAUUUGUGGAUGACAAAAGGAUGGGUUUCCAUUUAAUUAAGCAGCUGAGAGGCAUGAGUGUGGUGCUAGUGCUACUGCCUACGGUGCUGUUUCUUAUGCUCGCAGGGGCUCAGCGAGCUUGCCCCAAGAACUGCAGAUGUGAUGGCAAAAUUGUGUACUGUGAAUCACAUGCAUUCAGAGAUAUCCCUCAGAAUAUUUCUGGAGGGUCUCAAGGCUUAUCGCUACGGUACAACAGCAUCCAGAAGCUUAAAUCAAAUCAGUUUGCAGGCCUGAAUCAGCUCGUAUGGCUUUAUCUUGAUCAUAAUUACAUCAGCUCCGUAGACGAGGAUGCGUUUCAGGGGAUCCGUCGGCUGAAGGAAUUAAUUCUGAGCUCCAACAAAAUUACCCAUCUGCACAACAAAACAUUUCACCCGGUCCCCAAUCUCCGCAAUCUGGACCUUUCUUACAACAAGUUACAGGUGUUGCAAUCUGAGCAAUUUAAGGGCCUUCGCAAACUCUUGAUCUUGCACUUGCGGUCGAACUCGUUGAAAACUGUGCCAAUCAGAGUUUUUCAAGAUUGCCGAAAUCUUGAUUUUCUGGAUUUGGGCUACAACCGUCUGCGGAGUUUAUCCCGUAAUGCUUUCGCUGGCCUCUUGAAGCUAACAGAGCUCCACUUGGAGCAUAAUCAGUUUUCGAAGAUUAACUUUGCCCACUUUCCACGCCUCUUCAACCUCCGCUCUAUUUAUUUGCAAUGGAAUAGGAUCCGGUCUAUUAACCAAGGGCUAACAUGGACUUGGAGUUCCUUGCACAACUUGGAUUUAUCGGGGAAUGACAUCACUGGGAUAGAACCUGGGACCUUCAAAUGCCUGCCCAACCUGCAAAAGCUGAACUUGGAUUCCAACAAACUCACCAACAUCUCUCAGGAGACUGUCAAUGCGUGGAUCUCGCUAAUAUCCAUCACUCUGUCCGGAAAUAUGUGGGAAUGUACUCGAAGCAUUUGCCCUCUUGUUACUUGGCUUAAGAAUUUCAAGGGAAAUAAAGAAAGCACUAUGAUAUGCGCGGGCCCUAAGCAAAUCCAGGGCGAAAAGGUGAGCGAUGCUGUGGAAACGUAUAAUAUCUGUGCCGAAAUCCAGGUUGUGGUCACUGAAAGAUCAUACCAGCCACCUAAAACUCCCCAGAGACCUCUCUUUAUCCCCAAACCUACCAUUUCCAAACUGGAAAACAAUCAAAUGACCUCUGUGAUGCCCACUCCUUCUCCAGACUUACCAACACCUGGAGCAGAACCAGAGUAUGAGCAUGUUUCCUUUCAUAAAAUCAUUGCGGGGAGUGUCGCCCUCUUUCUUUCAGUGGCUAUGAUUUUGUUGGUUAUCUAUGUGUCUUGGAAGCGGUACCCAGCCAGCAUGAAACAACUGCAGCAACACUCUCUCAUGAAGAGGCGCAGGAAAAAGGCCAGAGAGUCCGAAAGGCAAAUGAACUCCCCUUUACAGGAGUAUUACGUGGACUACAAGCCGACAAACUCUGAGACCAUGGAUGUAUCAGUUAAUGGAUCUGGGCCCUGCACAUAUACCAUCUCUGGCUCCAGGGAAUGUGAGGUCCUUCACCCCAUGAAGACCUUGCCCUAUUACAGCUAUGACCAACCCGUGAUCGGAUACUGCCAGGCCCACAAGCCUCUCCAUGUAAAUAAGGCGUAUGACACCAUCUCCCGGGCGGAGCAGGUUGAGACCACCAACCUGGAACUCAGUCGAGACCACAGCUUCAUAGCAACAAUUGCACGCUCAGCCGCUCCAGCCAUUUACAUUGAAAGAAUACCAAACUAAUCAUGGAGACCGCUUCUUCGGGAAUGGGUGGGAGUAGGGAAUUCUUUUGAGGAACUUUCAUCUCAAAAGAGAACAGGUCAAGAAAAACAAAAAUCUACCAUGCCAGUUGCAAAUGCUCCAACACACACAAAAGGAAAAGAGAUAAAGAAAAGUGUGGAAAUUCUGUCUUGCAAUUCAACACUGAGAACUUGAAGAUUUUCUUUUGCUUUAAAACUUUCAAACAAACUCCUUGGUGUAAAUAUUAAAGAGAGAUUGUGAAGUUCUUAUUAAAAAUAGAUUCACUCUAGCUACAUAAAGGGAUGGAUUAAGAGUUCUGUUUGUAUAUUUGAUUUUUCUACGUUGCACGGUUCUUGAGAAGGAGAGCCACAGGUAAAAACGAGGUGGGAGGUUCCAAGGUCGGUCAGUCAUAGCUUCUUUAUUAAGUGUUUAUUACUCUUAAAGCUUUGUUUAAAUUGAUUUUUCUUUUCUUUUAAAUCAAACAACAAAAUGAUGGCUAUUUUAUUUUACUUUUAGGGGGAGGGGUCAAGUGCUAAUAUUUUGAACUCCAAACAUGGGCAUUACAGCUUGUGUUGAACCAAAAGGACAUUGGCAAUUGAUGCAGCAGAACAAAGAAAGAAAGAAAGAAACAAAAACCUUGGGUGCAUGUAUAUUUUAAGACACAUGCUGUGCACUAUGGAGGGUACUUUGGAUUUUUUACUGUCUUCAUCGUGCUUCAUUGUCGACACUAUAAUUACCAUUUGGGCUCUAAAAAUGGGGAAACAUGAUGGAAUGUCAGUUCACACAUUUACAAUCCAGAGAUGGCAUAGGCAAAAAAUAAUGAACUUUUGGGUACCCAAAUGGAUGCAAUGUGCCCAAAAUGGAUUGGAAGGAAAUGCAUAAAGCAGGAAUAUUUCAAUGAAACUCAAUGGCUGACACAAUUUCUAAAACACAGGAGAAUGUGUAGCAUUGGUUUUGUUUUGUUUUUUUAAAUAAUUAUUAUGAUGAGUUAGCUUUUGUGUAGAUUUUAUCAAUAAAAGGACAAAAAAAGUGGUGGAAAAAAAUAAACAUAUUAUUUUGUGGUUGGGACACCACAGCCAAACUAAUGUUUGAAUGGUUUUUCCAGAUGUGUUAUGUGGUAACUCGACUGAUUUUAAGGGAAGAAUCACCAAAGCCUCCUAUCACCGUUUGGAAAAGAGCUACAAGAAAGAUUUGAGGUGUGGAAAACCUGAAGCUAAAGAAACUCAGUCUAUUUAGUUUAUCUAAGACAAAGGUGAAAGGUGAUUUUUAUCACAGUCUAGAAACGUCUACAUGGGGAGAAGGCAUCUGAUAGUCAAGGUCUCUUUAAUCUAUCAGGCAAGAUCCAAUAGCUGCAAGGAGAAGCUAAACAAAUUCAUACUAGAAAUAAGAUGCACAUUUUUAACAGUAAGGGUGAUUAACCCUGGGAACAACUUAGCUAAGGCUGGGAUGGAUUCUCUAUCACUAGAAGUCUUGAUAUGAAGAUUGGGUGUCUUUCUAAAAGGACAUGUGCUAGUCCAGCCUUAAAUUAUGGGUUUGAUGCAGGAGGCACUUGC